AUGAUUGGGUGGGAAGAUUUUUACAAGGUGGUGGUGGCCAUGGUGCCACUCUACGUGCCUCUGGUUUUAGGGUAUGGCUCUGUGAAGUGGUGGCACAUGUUUACACCUGAACAGUGCGAUGCCAUAAACCUCUUUGCCAGCUAUUUCAUCAUCCCUCUCUUCAACUUCGAGUUCACUUCCCAUGUCAAUCCGUUUAAAAUGAAUUAUCUCUUCAUCGCGGCUGACGUCAUUUCCAAGUCUCUUGUUCUCUUAGCUCUUGCCUUAUGGGCAAAUUGCAGUGGCCAUGGAACCUAUUCUUGGUCCAUCACAAGCUUCUCUUUAUCUACAAUAAAUAACACUUUGGUUGUUGGGGUUCCUCUAAUGAAAGCCAUGUAUGGCCAGAUGGGUAUGGAUCUUGUUAUCCAGUCCUCAGUGAUGCAGUCUACUUUAUGGCUUAUGGUCAUACUGUUCAUGUUAGAAUUGAGACGUACCAGGAUUGGUUUUUCGACAAAUAAGAUAACCAGAGACUCUGACGAUGUUCACGAAGAAUCAGCUGGGAAAGAUUUGGAAGGAAGCACCAACUUCGUGGUGAGAGAAAAUCCAUCUUUCCGGUUGAUGAUGAAGAUAGUGUGGCUAAAACUAGCCAAGAACCCUAACUCUUAUGCCUGUAUUCUUGGCCUCGCUUGGGCUUUUGUAUCAAACAGGUGGCAUCUUAAAAUGCCGAGCAUAGUGGAAGGAUCCAUAUUGAUCCUGUCAAGAGCUGGGGCUGGAGCUAGCAUGUUUAGUAUGGGGUUGUUCAUGGCUUUGCAAGAAAAUAUAAUCGCCUGUGGUGCUAGCUUGACUAUGUUUGGGAUGAUUUUGAGAUUUGUUGGCGCACCAGCCACCAUGGCUAUUGGUUCUUUUGCCGUAGGCUUGCGAGGUGAUGUAUUAAGUGUUUCUAUAAUCCAGGCAGCAUUGCCACAGGCCGUCAUCUCCUUCCUUUUUGCCAAAGAGUAUGGCUUGCAUGCAAAUGUACUGAGCACAGUGGUCAUCUUCGGCACAAUUGUGUCCCUUCCUGUGUUAAUUGCUUAUUACGGGACUUCAUUUGGGAUGUAUAUUGGAGGAGUUCAGAAUAUUCCUGUGCAUGAUUAG